AUGGGUCGCGUCCGCACAAAGACCGUCAAGAAGUCCGCCAAGGUCAUCAUCGAGCGUUACUACCCCAAGUUGACGCUCGACUUCGAGACCAACAAGCGUCUUUGCGAUGAAAUCGCCAUCAUUGCCUCCAAGCGUCUUCGCAACAAGAUUGCUGGUUACACCACCCAUUUGAUGAAGCGUAUCCAGCGUGGUCCCGUCCGCGGUAUCUCCUUCAAGCUCCAGGAAGAGGAGCGUGAGCGCAAGGAUCAAUACGUUCCUGAGAUCUCCGCUUUGGACGUUUCUCAGUCCGAGUCUGGCCAGCUUGAUGUCGAUGCUGAUACCAAGGAUCUCCUCAAGAGCCUCGGCUUCGACUCCCUCAAGGUCAACGUUGUCCAAGUCUCCCAGCAGCAGCAGACUGAGCGCCCUCGCCGCUUCCGGUAA